AUGCCUACAGUGCCGACUCGAGGCGGUCCUUCGGGGUCACGGCCCACCUACUCAGGUGGAAAAGUCGUGCCAUUUCAAAAGAAAGGACAAGUUAUCCGUGGCGCUUCAGGUAAGACGGUCCUUGGAGGUCGUCGCCAUCGCAAGAUUCUUCGCGACUCAAUUACAGGAGUCACCAAGCCUGCUAUCCGACGAUUAGCACGCCGAGGAGGUGUCAAGCGUAUUUCAGCUGGAAUUUACGACGAGGUCCGAGCUGCCCUCAAAGCACGCCUUGAACAGAUCCUCCAGAUGUGCGUUAUCUACGUCGAAUACCGAAACGCGAAGACCGUUACCGUACACGAUGUGAUUCACAGCCUCUCCCGUUUCGGGAGACCAAUCUAUGGUUUUGACCCGGACACAUACGAUGGACAAAACAAACCCAAGAAGAUGUAA